GGAUGAACAAAAAGCCCCAAGACAAGGACACUACUUAUGAGCAAGGAAGGUAACACAGCAACGAGCAGACAGAUGGACAGAUUGGAUACCGUGAAAAGCAAUCGCAGGAAGCAGACUGUUGGGGGAUGUGCGCAUGUUCGAUAGCAUCGUGUUUGCUGAACCUAUGGCGUGCCAAAACUAUUUUCUGUGGGUAUAAUCCUCGCACCAUAAAUGGCCUGACCAAGGAAGUGAGCCAUUUGCAGACAAUUACUCAAUAUGAACAAAAGAAAAUGAAUACCAAAGAAUAGCAGUGGAUUCAAAAACGAUCGGAAAAGCAUUUUGCUUGGCCAUUGUCUCAUAUCCCGUCAUUGGAUUCUUACAACAUGCUUCAGUGGAGAAGACGACACUGCUGCUUUGCAAAGAUGACCUGGAAUACCAAGAGGUCUCUGUUCCGCACCCAUCUCAUUGGCCUGAUCUCUCUCGUAUUUCUUUUUGCUAUGUUUCUGUUCUUUAAUCAUCACGACUGGCUGCCAGGCAGGGCUGGAUUCAAAGAAAAUCCCAUGGCUUACACUAUACGAGGAUUUAGAUCUACAAAAAGCGAGACGAACCACAGCUCUCUAAGGAAUGUGUGGAAAGACGCCGUACCUCAGACGCUCAGGCCUCAAACAGUCACCAACUCCAACAACACGGAUCUGUCACCGCAAGGAGUAACUGGUUUGGAAAAUACCCUCAGUGCCAAUGGAAGUAUUUACAACGAGAAAGGUACUGGGCAUCCAACUUUGUAUCAUUUCAAAUACGUCAUCAACGAGCCUGAGAAGUGCCAGGAGAAGGCCCCUUUUCUAAUACUGCUCAUAGCUGCAGAGCCAGGCCAGGUGGAAGCCAGGCAAGCUAUUCGACAAACUUGGGGGAAUGAAAGCUUGACACCUGGCAUCCAAAUUGUUCGAAUUUUUUUGCUGGGGUUAAGCAUCAAGAUAAAUGGACACCUCCAGCGCACCAUACUACAGGAAAGCAGACAGUACCAUGACAUCAUUCAACAAGAAUAUUUAGACACCUACUAUAAUUUGACCAUUAAAACUCUGAUGGGAAUGAACUGGGUUGCAUCUUACUGUCCACAUGUUCCAUAUGUUAUGAAAACUGACAGUGAUAUGUUUGUCAAUACUGAAUAUUUAAUACACAAGCUUCUGAAACCAGAACUUCCUCCAAGGCACAAAUAUUUUACAGGUUAUUUAAUGAGAGGUUAUGCACCGAAUAGGAACAAGGAUAGCAAGUGGUAUAUGCCACCUGAUUUGUAUCCGAGUGAACGUUAUCCUGUAUUCUGCUCUGGAACUGGUUAUGUUUUUUCUGGAGACUUAGCAGAAAAAAUCUUCAAAGUCUCCUUAAGCAUCAGACGUUUACAUUUAGAGGAUGUAUAUGUGGGGAUCUGUCUUGCCAAGCUGCGAAUUGACCCUAUGCCUCCACCCAAUGAGUUUGUCUUCAAUCACUGGCGAGUUUCUUACUCCAGCUGUAAAUAUAGCCACCUAAUUACCUCCCAUCAGUUCCAACCUAGUGAACUGAUCAAAUACUGGAACCACUUACAACAAAAUAAGCACAAUGCCUGUGCCAAUGCAGCGAAAGAAAAAGCAGGCAGGUAUCGCCAUCGUAAACUGCACUAGAAGGACAACACUCCCUCCGUCCCAUGUACUCCAUGUGCAAUUUGUAAAUACUGCUGAAAGCAUGUACAGUGAAAAUGGAUGAGCUUAAUGGGACAGCCUUUAGUUGAUCCCCAUCACAUAGUGGAGUCUGAAAAUUA